AAGAAAUCCAAAUGGUCCUAUUUAUUCUCAGGACAUAUCUGAAUAAAAUGGUGGGACCACUGUGCUCCUGGAUGUAAGGCAGACGCAGACACAACUGUUGAGCAAAAUGCAGACUCCACAGAAAAGUCCAAGCCUCAGACCUUUCAAGCAGAGGAAGAGUUUAGCAACCAGAAGAGAGGAAGUUGCUGGAAUCAGAGUGAAGUUCCCAGGCAAGAUCCCGGUGAUAGUGGAGCGCUACCCCAGGGAGAAGUUCCUGCCCCGGCUGGACAAGACCAAGUUCCUGGUCCCACAGGAACUGACCAUGACGCAGUUUCUCAGCGUCAUUCGGAGCCGCAUGGUCCUAGGGGCCACUGAAGCCUUUUACUUGCUGGUGAACAACAAGAGCCUGGGAAGUAUGAAUGUGACCAUGGCAGAGAUCUACAGGGACUACAAGGACGAGGAUGGCUUUGUGUACAUGACCUAUGCCUCCCAGGAGAUGUUUGGCUGCUUGGGGUCAGCAGCCCCCGAGGAUGGGAGCUGCUUUGGGGAGGACAGGCCCUGCCAUCCUCUCUAGCACGUGUCCUCUAACCAUUGUGUUCACAGUGCAGGAGGCAUGGACUGUUUUCUGUGUGUGCCCUGAUGAUCCGGGGGCAAAGCAGUGAUCAGCAGCAACCAUGACAAUGAGGCAAGA